AUGAUUUUUUUAUACGCUUCAUCUUUUAUUAGUCAUUUUAAAUAUUUAGAAGCACAUAUCGCGAGGAUUCAUAAAACUACAUUAUCAGAGUUACAACAACAACGAAAUAUUUCAACACAGAGAAGACCUGAAGAAACUACUAACUCACACCAAGAAACACCCAAUCUUCGUAGGGAUGCUUCAGAACAAUUGGCACAAGAAAAUACUACUAACUCAGCUGAUUCUUUGACACCUAAUUUGUCUCAAGAACCCAUUUCUAUAAGUGAUGAAAAUUUUAUUCUUGAUAAUCAGAUUAGCAGAAUUGUUUUUACUCAUUCAACAUUUAAUAAAUGCAUUUAUCUGAAUGACAAAGUUGUGUUACAAUUUCAAGGAGAAGUAAUGAUCAAUAUUUCGACCGAAGUAUUGAAAAUAAACCCAAAUAAUGAAGAAGAGAUGUUGCGUAUUCGAGCUCAAGCAUAUAUUAAAAUUGAGAAAUAUGAUAAAGCUUUAGUCGAUCUGAAUAGAUUAUUAGAAAUUAAUUGCAAAAAUGAAGAGAUAUUGA